GUGAAUAGUUAACAACAUGUGGAAGUCACAUUAAUCUACAAUAGAAGACACCGCAUCUUAUUGAUUUAUCAACAACAGCAGAGACUGAAUGAGUACUUGUACGUUAGAUUUGAAUGUUAGCUCACCGGUGCAGGCUAAUCUUAGCUUUAAACCUAGCAUCGGCACGUUGUCUACCUUACAUCCGAGUAUCGAUAGACCGUUACUGCUCAGCAGGUGGCCGUCACAGUGAGCAUCAGAGCAAGUGAUAAAGGACAGCUGUCCAACCGGAGCCUCAGUGCUGUGAUCAUUAUGGAUGACUUGCAAAGAGAGCUCGGGCCCCCUGAGGACUUAGAGGAUGACAACGAUUCCUCAGACGACAACUCUUCAAAAGGGAGGAAAUCAAAGCUCCCUCUGGUUAAUAUCAUGUAUGCAGAGACAUCGAGGGAAACUGGGUUUCACAAGAGUACCAGAGCCUGUCUGGAGCUGAUCAGAGAAGCCCUGCUGCACCACAGGUGGCAAGAGGCCGCAGAAUACAUGGCAUGUUACCCACAAAUGUUAGACGACACAACCAAUGGCAGAGGUCAGCAGUACAAGGAGCUUAUUUGGAGAAUGAGCGCUGAGAUCCUUCACCAUCACCCCAACUCAACGAUGGAAGACUACAACAACAUCUAUGAACGGAUGAAACACUCGGGAGUUAAACAUUACCUGAUGAUCUCUCUGGAACAUUCAUUCCACCUGCUGCAUAAUGGUCACAUCGAGGAUGCAAAGCAUCAGCUGUCUGUCGCUGAAAGUUGGAGGCACGGGAAGGAGUCAGCAGCUCAGUAUCAGAGGAUUAAACUGAUCCACGCCUACAGGAGCUUACUGGAUUAUAUGAUCUGGUGUGACAAAAAGUUUACCUACAUCAACACCACUGAGCAUCCCGACUGUGGUGAAAACCAAGAGAUGAACAACUACUUCAGACAGGCCUCUGUGAAUCUAAAGGAGAUUUUGAAAAAACCUGGCGUCUGGGAUCCCUUCAUACUGAGUUACGUUGAGAUGCUGGAGUUCUAUGAGGAUCAUGAGGAGGCUUUAAAGGUCCUGAAUGACUACGCAUAUGACAACACUUUUCCACCCAAUCCCAACGCGCAUGUCUAUCUGUACCAGUACUUAAAGCGGCAAAAUGCUUCAGAGAGAAAACUGGUGAAAGUAUUGAAGGUCCUCCAUGUAUCAGUCCCAAGCCACGAGUUGAUGUUGGAGUACAGUUCUCUCCUGCUUCAGUCAGAGAAAAAAAAAGACAUCCAGAAAGCUUUAGGAGUCGUUCUGGAAAUGCUGGACUUCGCCUGCUGGAGGAGCAAUCUGAAUGUGUGGAAGCUUCUAAAGGCCAUUAUUGAGAAACUACAGUUACAAGAAGACUGGAGGGACUCUGUCGCUGGAAAAAUGGCUCCAAGAAAAGACUGGUGGCCUGCGCUGCACUUCACAAGCUUCCAUGCCAGUAAAGACUCUGAGCAGAACCCGGAGCUCAAGGAAGUGAAGGCAUCACUGACAAAAAUCCUUUGUCCCGAUCUAACGCUCAAAUACACAGCUUGAGAAGAACUCGAAGAGAAAAUCAAAUGUCUUUAAUUCUCAACCAAGAACAGAGCUGAGAUGCUACCAGAAUGGAGAAACAGAGGCCUCCGAAUGAAGAGCAAAAGUCUUCAUAUGUUUUUUUUACAUGUUGUUUAUUUUGGCAAGAUUUCUUUUGAGCGAUACAAUAUUGUUUAGCUCCUCUGACACACACACAUGAUACAAAAAUGAACCUCUCUAUUUGAUUAAUUUCUUUUUUUUUUUUUAAACCUUGCUCCAUUAUGUUGGUUAAUUGUGCCUUGAGUUUUAGUUUUUCAUUGUAAAGGCACAGGCUACAUUGCCCACUAUGUGGAGCUCUUGUUCAGUAUUUUUUGCACUGAGUAUCUGAAGGGUACCACCACCUAAUUUAGGCAGAGUGUGGCUCUGAAUGUCAGUGUUCAUGUUUGUUUGGUGCUGCUUUCUGUCAACAAUUUAAUGGAAGCAGAGUCUCAUUCUGACCUCGGCUGCCCUUUAACUGCUGUUUGGAGGGGCUUUAGGGUCACAACACAGUCAGCCUGAGGGAGAUUCUCUUUGUCAAGUCUGUUGUCAGCCAGAAUAAUCAACACAGAGCUUUCAGCAACGUCAUGUGCAUACGUUUAAGUAAGUGGGACAGACCAAAGACAGGUGGUUGCUGCGAAUAGCGUCAGUAUUUUCCCUGAAUGUGAGGGAUCAUAAUUUACUUGUGGUCAGCUUGUAUUUUACACACAGUAUAUGCAACACUGUCAAUCUUGAUUUUUUUUUUACAAAGAGGCUUGUAUAUUUUGACGUCAUCUAUUUCCAUAGAAAAGGAGAAUUUUGUAUGUUUCUAAUGACGCUAUCCUGGCCUUCAAACGCUGUGCUUACCCUCCUUUUAAAGACCCAACCAUGAAAUAAAGUCUUGCAUCCAGCAGCAGGCCAAUUUAA